CGCGCAUUAUUUAUACAGCAGAGGUGCAUACCAUUUCCAUCAUCAAAGAUCCACCAUGGCCGGCCCACUCUAUCCCGACGACAUCGACCCCAGCCCCCAACACCUAUCAUGCAAACCCCAUGUGCAGCCAUUCGUCGGCCGCAUCGGCGGCAACCAAGGCAUUGUGCUCGAUCGCAGCGACCCCGAUAAUACCGACUUUCUGCGCAAAGUCCCCGAUGCAGCCCCGUUGAUGACCUUUCGGGAUGCAUUUAACCUGCAUGGAUUCACUGAUCUCGAUUUAUGGCGCUUUGCCGUGGUGGAAUGUGUUGGAACCAUGAUGCUCGCUUUCCUCACCGCCUGGGCUGCGGCCACUCCCCCAGGCUCCACGCCCACCCCGUCCACCCCCGCAGGCGUCUUCGCCACAACCACCUUCCUAGGGCCCCUCGUCGGCGGCGUCACCAACUGGCUAAUCCUCACCCUCUUCAUCUUCUCCUUCUCUGCCGUUAGUGGCAGCCAUCUCAAUCCCACCAUUACUCUGGCGACCUUCUUCGCCCGUCUCAUUUCCUUUCCGCGGAUGGUACUCUACCUAGGUGGCCAGAUCCUCGGCGGAGCCCUCGCCGGAUGGAUGCUCCGAUCGGCGUUUGGUACGGGUACGUAUAUCGUAGGCGGGUGCUCAGUUAACACUUCCCUCGUACCGGUGCGCGAGGCAUUUGUGUUAGAGUUCAUCUGCUGUUUGAUUCUCAUUUUUCUGUCGUUUGGGGUGGGGUUGGAUCCGAGACAGGUUCGGGUAUAUGGGGCUGCCCUGUCGCCGUGGUUAGUGGGGAUGGUGCUCGGGGUGGUGAGUUUGGGGUCGGCGUAUACGAGGGUGGGGUAUGGAGGGGCGUCCCUGAACCCGGCCAGAUGCUUUGGAGUGUAUGUGGGAUCGUCGCUCCCGGGAUAUCAUUGGAUUCAUUGGGUUGCGCCGCUUGCGGCUGCCAUCGGGCCUGGACUGGUGUAUUAUCUCGUGCCGCCGUGGAAGGCUUGAUUGGUGGCGGAUGGUGUCAUGGGUGGUAGACGCGACGCGAUUGUCAGGUGCAUCAGGCUGGGUUACAUCGCUGCUCAUGGUUUCUGGCCUAGAACGUCCGAUUUGAUAUUUCGAAUUGGGGGUGGUAGAACAAGGCUGGAAGUAAUCAUCAGUCGCAGUGCAUGUGAACGUCUCUCUCUGCA